ACAGCCAAAUAUCUAAUUUUCCUUCAGAAAAUAUUGAGAUAGAUAUUCUAAAAGAUUUAGAUAGUAUCAGGUUUAGUUAUAAAAAGUUAUGUGCACUACUAAAUGUUAGUUCAAGCUGGCCAGAAGGUGAUAAGUUAAGUUUUUAGAAACAAUGAACAAUAAACUUGAAAUUGCCAAGUUGCAUAUUGAUAAAUUAGUGAAAUUUCUCUCAGAUCAUGCAAAACUCUCACAAGGGCAUAUGGUAGACUAUUUUAUACACAAUUUAUAUCAAAAUUGUAUUCCUCUGGAGUUACGAAGAGAAAUAUCUGAUUUGGGUUAUGAUGAAGCUGUAAAAUUAAUACUAUCAAAUGAAACUAAGCAUAAAAACACUGAAAAUCUUUUAAACUUUAUGAAUCAAGAAAAAAGUUAUUCAUUAUAUAAUUUAAAAGACAUCUGCCUGUCAAAAUCAGAGUUUUAUGACUUGUAUAACUUUGAAGAUGUCGAAGGGUUAAAAUUAGAUGUGUUUAUGAAAGAAAAGAAGAGUCAUGAGGUGGCCACACUAAGUUUAUUAGCAAAAAACAUCGCUGGCAAAGCAAAAACAUCACAUUUAGUUGAUAUAGGCGAUGGUAAAGGUUACCUCAGCUCAAUGAUUGCAUUUCAUCAUAAAUUACCAAUUCUAGGUGUUGAUGGUUCAUUAAUAAACACAGAAAGUUCUAUAAAGAGAGCUAAUAAAUUAGAAAAACACUGGGAACAUGUGACAAAAACAAAAACUAUGAAACCAACACAGAAUAAGAAUCGUAUAUUUUUAUACAAACAAAUCACACAGUUAGUCACGGAGAAAACAGAUUUCAAUGAAUUAAUUCAAAAUGUUUUUCUUGAAGAACCUACAGGGAUAGGUUUAGUCGGUUUACAUACGUGUGGUAAUCUUGGCCCUACGAGUCUAAGAAUAUUCAAUGAAAAUAACAAUAUUAAAUCAAUUGUUAAUGUCUCAUGUUGUUAUCACUUGUUGAAUGAGAAUUACCUAGCUAAUUCUGCAAUGGGUUGCAUAACAGAAGACAAACAAGGUUUCCCAAUGAGUGCAUACAUGACAACUAAACAUGAUGAGUUUUUAUUAUUGAGAGCCACGAGGAUGUUAUCAGCACAUUCGUUGGAUAGAAUAUUGCACAAUCAAGAGUUGCCGAGUAAGAUUAUUUUCUAUCGGGCGUUGUUGGAGAUUUUGUUGGAGAGAAUUAAAUUUAAGGGUAAACAUGUUGGGAAGUUUAGGAAACAGCCGGAUGAUUUUGUUAAAUAUGCACGUGUGGCUUCGGAAAAGUUAGGGAUUACUUUGGAGGAAAGUGAUGGUGAUUUACAGGCUUUGUCUGAUGAGUAUAAGGAUAAAAGGAGGGAAUUGGAAGUGUUUUAUUUGAUUAGGAGUAUGUUGGCUCCUGCGAUAGAAGCGCUGAUUUUAUUGGAUAGGUUUUUGUUUUUAUUGGAGCAGGGGCAUGAAGAUGUGUUUUUGGUGCAUUUGUUUGAUGCUGUUAUUUCACCAAGGUGUUAUGGACUUGUUGCUUUGAGAUAAACAUAAAAUUUAGUUUUUUUUAUAUUUUAACAAUAAAUAUUGUUUUUUUAGAAGUAUUUGCCUGAAAAUUCUUCAGAAAAGCUACAAAUUAGUUUAAACGACAGAAAAGUUGAUUACAAACUUGUUGUUUUAAGAUAAAACCAGAAUUUACUAAAAAUAGAAUUUAUUUUAAUAUUU